CCACCACGGCUCACAUCGCACCCACCUUCACCAUGGAGAGCCGCUGGUCAUCCUACGGCCGCCGCUCCAGCCCCACUGUCUCAUCAUGGAGCCCCACAGCGCGGCCCCGUCCCCGCAGCGCUCACCCCACACCCCACACAUCGAGCAGGAUGGAUUUCUCUAUGGCCAACCUCCUCAACUCGGAGUUCAGGGAGACCCGAACCAACGAGAAGGUGGAGAUGAUGGAGCUGAACGACCGCUUCGCCAGCUACAUUGAGAAGGUCCGGCUGCUGGAGCAGCGCAAUAAGGUGCUGGUGCUGGAGCUGAACCGGGUGCGGGAGCAGGAGCCGACCCGUCUGGCUGACGUGUACCAGGAGGAGCUGCGGGAGCUGCGGCGCCGCGUGGAGCUGCUGGGCACCGCCAAGGCCCGCGCCGAGGUGCAGAGGGACGGCCUGGCUGAGGAGCUGGGGAGCCUGCGGGACAAGCUGCAGCAGGAGGUCACCCUGCGGCUGGAGGCUGAGAGCACCCUGGCUGCAUACCGGCAGGAUGUUGAUGCUGCUGCCCUGGCUCGCCUCGACCUGGAGCGUCGCGUGGGGACCCUGCAGGACGAGGUGGCCUUCCUGCAGAAGGUGCACGAGGAGGAGCUGCGGGAGCUGCAGGAGCAGCUGGCCCAGCACCGGGUGCACGUGGAGGUGGACGCCAGCAAGCCAGACCUGACGGCAGCGCUGCGUGACAUCCGCACUCAGUACGAGUCCAUCACCGUCACUAACCUGCAGGAGGCCGAGGAGUGGUACAAAUCCAAGUUUGCAGACCUGACGGAUGCAGCUGCCCGCCAUGCAGAGGCCCUGCGUGCGGCCAAGCAUGAGGCCAACGAGUACCGGCGGCAGCUCCAGGCCCUCACCUGUGACCUGGAGGCUCUGCGGGGCUCGAACGAGUCCCUGGAGCGGCAGCUGCGGGAGCUGGAGGAGCGCUACGCGCUGGAGACGUCCGCCUACCAGGACACAGUGGGGCGGCUGGAGGAGGACAUCCGCGGCCUGAAGGAGGAGAUGGCCCGGCAGCUGCGGGAGUACCAGGAGCUGAUGAACGUCAAGCUGGCCCUGGACAUUGAGAUUGCGACCUACAGGAAGCUGCUGGAGGGCGAGGAGAGCAGGAUCACCGUCCCUGUGCAGAGCUUCUCCAACCUGCAGAUCCGAGAAACAAGCCUGGACACCAAAUCUGUGUCAGAAGCUCAUUUGAAGAGAAGCAUUGUGGUCAAAACAGUGGAGACAAGAGAUGGAGAGGUGAUCAAGGAGUCCAAGCAGGAGCACAAGGAGGUGGUGUAGAGUGUGUGAUUCAUAGCCACGCUUGUAGCUGUAGCUCCAUAGAUCCCACCCGAUGCUGCGAUGGAGCCCUGUGGUGGGGCCACAGCCACAGGAGAAACCCACCCUCACCUCUCCCACCACCCCAUGCCCCAGGGACUCCUGUGCUGGUCUGGCCAGGGCUGAGAUCUGGGGGCAUUGCUCCACACUUCCCACCUUGCUGGUGCAGGAGACCACCUUGAGCAUCCCAACCAUGUCCUGAGCAUCCCUGGGAGGGCUGGGGGGAACACAGCACCGCAUGGUCAGGGAUGUUUUCCUGUUGCCAAGCAGCAGUUGGGCUUAGCCAAGGCAGGAGGAAGAGGAGGAUGGAGCAUAUGGGGAGGCAGGUCGAUGUUGGGAUGGGGAGAAGGGUGAUGGUGUGGGGUCUGAGCAGGGUGCCUGGGGGUACAGAGUGGUUGUGGGGCUGGAGCAGCAAUGGGCACAGCAGGGUGGGAGUCUUUGUUGGCUUUUCCAGGGCACGGUGCCAUGGGACUGUUCUGACCCUAAUGGUGUGUCCCCCACCACGGUGCUCCUAUCUCCAGAGAUGCAGAGACAGUCAGGGGGCUCAUGGCCCGAGCCCAGCUCUGCACAGGCAUUCUCGAGGGGCUGGAAGAAAUCUUGUCCCUCAGCUCCACGUGGCCCUGUCUCCUGUGCUCUCUCCCAGUGCAUGUCACCCACCUGGGGCCCCUGCAGACCCAAUACUCACUUUGUUUUAGCCACUGACCAUGAGCUAAACGUGCCCUGCUGCCACCUAAUGCAGCAGCACCCACUCACCAGCAAUCCCCUUGCCCUAUAACGUGAGCCCAUAGGUUGCUACAUGGGUACUGCCUCCUCACCCUGCUUAUCUCCACAUCCUCUAGCUCAGCACAGAGCUUUGCAGCUCCUAAUUCCACAGGGACUGUUCCCAGGGCAGGAUGUGUUAUAGAGUGAUAGUGCUGCGGGUCACUUUGUCCCCCAUGAGCUGGAUGGAGCUUUGCAGCCCUUAUUGCUACUGGAUUAAUGCCCUAAUGUUGCAACAACACGAGAUGCGAAAUAAAGCCUAACACAAGUGCUA